CUACAGUCUGUGUUUGUCUUAUGUGGAGAAAAGAAAAAGAGAAAAACACGUUUUUGCACCUGUAUAUUCAACAGUGUUAUGUUAUCAUAUGCCUCUGUUCGCCCACCUUGUGUUUCUCCACACCCCCACAGCCGCUACACAAACGUACGAGGCUGGACUCCACUCCAUAUUUUGUAUUGCGCUUUGCGUUGUUAGUGCAUUUGAUCUGGACGACUCGGAGCGUUCCGUACUCUCUCUCUCUCUCUUUCUUUCUCUUUCUCUCUCUCCCGCUCUCUCUCUCUCUCACACACACAGCGUUGCCACUUGCGCACAGCUGCCAGAGGCUUCGUCUGCUCAGGCAAGUUGAGUCAACAGCGGCGAGGGAGAAACGCGAAGCGUGGAUUCAUGAGGCACCUCCAAACACACACACACACAGACACACACACACAGAGACACACACACAGGCUCUCUCUCCUCUUGACUGCGGCGCCUGGGGACUUUUAAUCAUUCUCGGUUGCACCAGAAACCACGUUGACUUUAGGAAAUGUGUUGGUAGUCACUGAUCAUCGGAGUUGCGACCAUUAAAAAAACGCCCGCUCAUUAAGAAUAAACGGAUCUGCUGCAGGAAGAGGGACUUUUCACUGGCUGCUGCAGGACAAGCUCUAAACAAUAAGGAUCUUGACUGAGGUGAACAAUGCUGAGACCGGAGACCGUCCUUUGCACUUUCUCUGUGCUGUGGGUUGCAGCAAGAGCAGAUUUUAAAGCCAGGAAUUGCAGCGAGGUGCGGGAGGCUUGUGUCAGCAGAGGCUUCAGCUUCGCACAUGUUCCUCUGCAGGAGAUCCCAGGUGAACAUCUUCGCGUAUGUCCCCAAGGAACCACGUGUUGCACGCAGGAAAUGGAGGAUAAGUUUGGCCAACAGAGUAAACUGGACUUUGAAAAUUUGGUGGAUGAAAUGAGUCAUGAACUGAGGAGCACGUUUGUUUCUCGACACCAGAGAUUCGACGAAUUCUUCCUGGAGCUUCUGGAGAACACGGAGCGGUCCCUGAACGAGAUGUUUGUGAGGACUUAUGGAAAGCCCUACAUGCAGAACUCUGAGGUGUUCGAGAACCUGUUUUCGGAGCUCAAACGCUAUUACACCGGAGGGAACGUUAACCUGGAGGAAAUGCUUAAUGACUUUUGGUCGCGGCUGCUGGAGCGUAUGUUCACACUGCUCAACUCCCAGUAUGUCAUCACCGAAGACUAUCUGGAGUGUAUUAGUAAGUACACCGACCAGCUCAAGCCCUUUGGAGACGUGCCCAGGAAGCUCAAGGCUCAGGUUACCCGAGCAUUCAUCGCCGCUCGCACAUUUGUCCAGGGGCUCUCUGUGGGACGGGAGGUGGCCCAGAGAGUGACUAAGGUCAGCAGCAGCCCAGCGUGUAUCCGGGCGAUGACGAAGAUGCUGUACUGCCCUUUCUGUCAGGGCAUGCCUGCUGUUAAACCCUGUAAGAAUUACUGCUUGAAUGUCAUGAAGGGCUGCCUGGCCAAUCAAGCUGAUCUGGACCCUGAGUGGAACCAGUACAUUGAUGCCAUGCUGCUGGUGGCCCAGAGGCUGGAGGGACCUUUCAACAUUGAAUCUGUCAUGGAGCCCAUUGAUGUGAAGAUUUCAGAGGCCAUCAUGAAUAUGCAGGAUAACAGUGCCCAGGUCUCCUACAGGGUUUUUCAAGGUUGUGGUCAGCCCAAACCCGCUGGAAUGACUAGGUCUGCCCGUGGUGUUUCGGAUGUGUUCAACGCCCGCUUCAGGCCGUACAGCCCAGAGGAGCGUCCUACCACUGCAGCAGGCACAAGCCUCGACAGACUGGUGGUUGACAUAAAAGAGAAACUGAAGCUGUCCAAGAAAUUUUGGUCCAACCUCCCUGAAGCGGUGUGUGUGGAGGACAGAGUGACCUCUGGAAAUGCCAGUGAUGAGGAGUGCUGGAAUGGACACACCAAGGGCAGGUAUUUUCCUGAAGUCCAGAAAGAUGGGCUAACUAAUCAGCUCAACAAUCCUGAGGUGGGAGUGGACAUCACACGUCCGGACACCCUUAUACGACAGCAGAUCAUGGCGCUGAGGGUGAUGACCAACAAACUGAAAAAUGCCUACAACGGCAAUGAUAUCUACUUUCAAGACUCAAGUGAUGAAGGCAGUGGCUCAGGCAGUGGCAGUGGCUGCACAGACGCUUGCCCCACAGACUCAAACCCCACUGUUGCCACUGAAGCCCCUGUGGUAAAAGCCGAUCGAAGCGGGCCCGUGGGUGAUUCUGCUGUGCUCCACACACCCUCUGUAACCCUGCCAACAUUGUUGGCUGUCUCUGUCCUGGAAUUACAUCGACAGUGGAGAUAAUGCUGGGGGCAGUGGGCCAAACAUGGACAAUGGUUUUAUUUUCCUUCUUUUUUUUAGCAGUUUUUGUAUUCAAGCAGAAUGAAUCCACUGUCACGCAGACAGUAUUCAGGCUGCAAAACUUGAGGCUUGCUGAGACUGCUCUAUAAAAAAAGAGAGCAGUCAUGCAUCAUGAUUUCUCAAUAUCCCAAAGAUCAUGCAGUGCCAUCCGUAGACUUGAUAUUUCACAGCAUCACUUAAUCUAACACCGAUGCUGCUCCAACUCAACAAACUCUGCUUCAGAGACUGAAAAAACAUAUAUAUAUAUAUUUCUUGCACACUUGCCAGGUAUUGAUUUAGGGUAAUGUGGACAAAUAUAACACGCACUUUUGAUUGUUGAUGAUUUUUUUUAAUGCAAAACUUGUUUGUGUGUUGAAACAUGUUGAGAAUGUGAUAAUACGAUGCACCAAAAUGGCAAAGGCACAAUAUGUUCCUUAUGUAUGUUUUAUGUUCUAUUUUAAACAAAAAAAGGGAAUGAUGAUCUAAGUAAUGAGAUGUUAUUCAGAAACAUGUAUUUUUAAUUGAAUAUGUCUUAAUAUAAUUCUCGUGCCAUUAAUGGAUGGAUUCGUUUAAACACUGUCACAUUUUUACAACAGUCACAUGGUGUCACCCGCUGUUUUAUGGUACUUGAAUGACAGAUGCGGUCGGUCAUGGGUUGGUCAUCAGCCUCUCACCCUGUAGCCGUUUCAGAAUCACACCUUAAUAGGGGAAACGGCUGACACUUUUAUCUACUCCUUUUGCCUCGCAACAAAUGUAUUAUCUGCAGAAUAUUUUCAUAUCACGCUGGUUUCUUGGCUUGCCUUUAGGAGCGGUUCUCUGUUAAUGUCCAGACACCAGUGCUGCCCUUGAGAUGCUGAAACAGUAGUGUUGUGGGUGUGUGGACUUGGGGAGAGACAAUGGAGGUUUGACAUAAAUUCUUAUGCAAAUUUAAAUCUUCUUAAUAUAUUCUACAGACUUUGGAGAUGUUUACAGUUCGUUGGAAGUCUCUUCAGAAAAUCAGACCGCUAAAAUGAGACACAAAAUUGUUUUUUAGGCUUUUUUAAAUUGUUUUUAAUCCAGAGUGAUUAGACUUGCUCCAUUUGGAAAGCAUUCAUUAUUUCACUUUUAGGUUUCUUUUUUUUCUACCGCACAGGGUUACAAUAUUAAAGAAUCAUCAGUUGAAAUAUUAAGCCCAAUUAAGGAUUCACCUACUGUUUGUCUACAGUUAAAAAAUAAUUCAUGUCGAUUCACUUUGUGCCAUGCUUCAGGAGAAAUUGAGAGUUAAAUCAGAUAUAACUAUGUUUAAAAUUGUACCUCAUAUUUAUUGAGCACCGUGGGCAAAACUGGAGAAAAACAAUCAUUGGUUAAUACUAACAGAGCAGAGCACUCCACAUCUUAAGUUUUUGACUUUUUUUUUUUUGACCCAACCUUGCUUGUCUUUUUCCAGAGUUACAGCCUGGUGAAUGUUCUACCUCUGUACCACUGUUACCACCCUGGGAAAAAGAUGUUACCGUUAACAUUGGAAUCUGGUUAGAGCUGUGAAAAAUUGUUGUCUUUCAACAUGAGAACAAACUGAAUCGCAGUUUCAAACUAUUUCCCAAAGUUUAGAUUUCAGAUUUAAGAAAUCCUGGGCCCAAAUUCUGCAAAAAAUGAAUGGAGUGAACCUUCUGUCACUUCUGUUAUAGCUCCAGUAAACAGUGGAACCCUCAUAAUUUAACAACAGAAGCGAAUCUGACAAAAUUGUAAACUUUAAAUGGAAAAGAAAAAUUGAUCUGAAUUCAUUUUCAUUUUUUGAACUGUAGAUUCAGUUUAUGCUCUUUAAAAGUUUUCAAAUAUUUAAAUCUAAUUGGUCAAUUCCAUUUUCUUAAUUUAGAGGUGCAGUGUAUAAGAUGUAGCUAAGGUGAUUGUACAGUCAGUUAGAGGGCUUUAAGGCUUUUGUAUGUGAAGUCGGACCUAAAAGUUUGAAAAGGCAAAAUAAUUGUUUCUUUCUGCUAUUGUUGUAUACAUCAGGAGAGCGUCCUUUAUGUAGUCUUUGUAAGUGGCCCACAGUGGACACACCGUUAAUCCUUUGCUGUUGUAAUGAAAAGUAAAGGCAUUUUUAUGUCCCGUUAAGUUGGAACAUUGAGGUAACGUGUCCUCAUCCACUACGUCACCACUUCAUGUUCCUUAGUCCCACAUCGGGUGACAUUUAAAGUUUAAUCUGCUAAAUUUUUGCUGAUUUAAAAUGCACUGUUGCAAAAAAAAAAA